AUGGAAAAUAAUCUUCCAAGUAUCAAGAGCCAUUCUUCAAUAAAAAGAAGAUUUGAAAUAGCUAACUCCUCCUCUAUUAAUAUUCAAAAACUUUUAAUAUAUUGUAGGAGGGCCUAUUUUUUGAAAAUUUUAGAAAAAAUUUUGUUUAUCCCAAUUAGAAAGGAAAAAGUAGUUUAAUUUUAAAAACUUAUGUUUUAUAGUCAGCUAUUAUAAUUUAACAGAAUUAGAUAGUGAUUUAAAAUAAUUAUUACAUAUAUAUUAAAAUAUUUUUAUAAAAUGUUUUUGCUCGCUAACGGAAGGGUGAUUUUAUCCAAAAAUGUGGAUUUUUCAAAUGGUUUUGCUCGCUCACAAAGAGGACAAAGUAAGCAAGAAACUGGACCAAAAUCUGGCUACGUCAUCCAUUCAUUCACAGCUUAUCAAAACAAGAAAGUCCAGAUGGAAAGCAAGCCAAGAGCUGGAGCGGAGGGAAACGGGAAAAAAAGACCUCUGAGUGGUUCUAAUAGAGGCCACUACUCAAAGUGAAUUAAUAAGCGAAAAAGUGAUCCAAAAGAAGCGCAGACAUCUAGACUGAUUGACAUUGAAAAAACGCUUAAAAAAGCAACCAAAACCUUAACUUCUUCAAAUACUCAAAUUAUUUGUGAAUCUGAAGAAAGCGCUUCUCCAGAUCAAAAAUCUUUAGACGCCGAAGUCGAAAGAUUGAACUUAUUUAUUACCUCCUUAAAUGAAACUCAUAAAGAAAAAGAAGAAGCUUUAUUUUUGCAAAUUCAAAACUUACAACACGAACUAAAUUCAAUUAAAAAUGAAUUUAUUGAAACAGUAGAAUUUCUUGGCUCUCUAAUAAAGCAUGAUGAAUUCGCAAGAAUUCCAAAAGAAAUAGAAGAAAAGAUUGCAAGCCUUAUAGAGAAGAAUUCACAUCUUUUAAAUAUUUCAAUUGAAAAUAUUUUAAAAGACCAAGAAAAGGAUGAAAGAUUAAAAAUUGCAGUGGAGGGAACUGGAAACCAUUUAGAAGUUUUAGAAUACACAAGUGGCUUGUUUGAAACUGGGAAAUUUAGAAGUUUUAAUGAUGAACAAUAUUUUCCUGAGGUGCCUAAAACCCCAUCAUCACAGAUAUGUGUAAUUGCCUUAUAUGAUUAUCAUCCCUCUCAUCCUGAACAUUUGGAAUUUUCAGCUGGAGACAGAAUAACUUUACUGCAUCAGCUUGAAGAAGGCUGGUGAAAUGGCAAACUAAAUGAUAAAAUUGGGAAAUUUCCAAGCAGCUAUGUCCUUGUAGACUAG